GCCACAAAGAAGGGAGUCUUAUGCAAGACAAAUCCUAUAAUAAACAAACACAAGUUGAUACCUACAAAUUAGUAAAGCAUAUCUGGAUUGAUUUGUUGAAAUAUUUAAACUUUAGGAUCAUCUCCUUUUUCAUGAUCAAUACAACUGGUGACAAAAGUUCAGAGCAAAUGGCAGAGGUUGUGGCUCCUGAUGCAGAUGAGCAGUUGUUGGAAUGGCCCAUGAAAGACAAUCGCCCCUUUCUUCGUGCUGUCUAUCGUGUCAGUGAUCUCGAUCGCACGAUCGAAUUCUAUACUGAAUGCUUUGGGAUGAAACUCCUGAGAAUUAGAGAUGUUCCUGAAGCGAAAUGUACCAGAGCUUUCAUGGGGUUUGGCUCCGAGCAAUCUUCGUUCGUUCUUGAGCUGAAUUACAGUUAUGGGGUGACUUCAUAUGAUAUUGGUGCUGGCUUUGGACACUUUGCCAUUGCUUCUCAAGAUGUCUACAAAAUGGUUGAAAAUGUCAGAGUCAAGGGAGCUGGAGCUGGAGCUGUCGUUAGAGAAUCUUUUGAGGUGAAAGGUUUCUCUAUUGUGCUGGCCUUUGUGAAAGAUCCUGAUGGUUACAUCUUUGAGCUCAUUCAAAGAGGUCCUACUCCUCAGCCACUCUGUCAAGUAAUGCUUCGUGUUGGGGAUUUAGAACGCUCAAUCAACUUCUAUGAGAAGGCACUAGGAAUGAGAGUUCUUACCAGGAUUGAGAGUCUAGAACACAAGUACGCCAUAGCCAUGAUGGGGUAUGCAGAUGAGUUAGAGACCACCGUUCUUGAGCUGACUUACAACCAUGGCGUGACACAACAUUCAAAGGGAAACGGAUAUUCCCAGGUAGCUAUUGGGACUGAUAAAGUAAACAAGAGCGCUGAGGUACUCAAUCUGAUCAUACAAGAACUUGGAGGAAAGAUAACCCAACAACCCAGUUUGGUUCAUCAAUUCAAAGCCAAGAUUACAACGUUUCUGGAUCCUGAUGGGUGGCAGAUUGUUCUUGUUGAUAAUGAAGAUUAUCUGAAGGGGCUGCAUUGAAGGGUAUUGAUAGUGUAAGCCUAGGCAAUAAGAGCUUGAAGGGUUUCAUCAAAUCUCUAUACGGAGCGCUACAGAAUUAGGUCGGUGUGUAUUUGUAACAAGAAGAAUGUUUGAGUGGUGUACCUGAAA